GCACAUUGUGAAAAAAUCAAUAUUUGUUGUUAAUUUGUGGCGCAAAAAAUGGAAGAGGGAGGAAGCAGUACCAUUGGUAACAAUGUAAAGCAAGAAAAGAUCAGUUCAAGUAGUACUGAUCAUCAUCAUCAGAAGAAUCAGAUAAAGGAAGAAUCAGAGGAUGAUGAAGAAAGCAGUAGCACUGGUACUGGUUCUGAUUACGACAGUUCUCAAUCACCAUUGAAUUCUUCAAUUGACAUAUUGUCACCAUUCUCAAAACAUCUAAGCAAGAGAAAAGAAGGUCCUCAAAUUUCUGCUGAUAAUUCUCCAAAGAGCACUAAAAGAAAAGAACGCCAUCCUGGUUCCGGAUCCACUCAAAAAACCGCUGCUGACCUCGGUGAGGAUUGUAUUGGAGAAGCUGGACGAAGAUUUACAUCUCAUAUCUUAAAUUUGAAGGCUGGGGAGGAUGUGGCGGAGAAUAUAUUAAAUCUUUCUAGGGCAUGUAAACGUCAAUCUGUUAUCAUACUUUCUGCAAGCGGUACUGUAUCUAACGUUACCCUUCGUGUCCCAGAUGGCGGUGAUGCUUCUUUCACAUACCAGGGAAUUUUUCAUUUACUUUCUUUAUCUGGAUCAUAUAUUUUUACCACCAAACCAGCUAGAGGUCACCGUCGUCGCAAAGAGAUGUUAUUUUCCAUUUUAAUGUCUGAUAUUAAUGGAAAGGUUUUUGGAGGUAGUAUCGCGAAUUCCCUCAUUGCGGCCGGCCCCCUUCAAGUUGUUGUAGGCACUUUCAAGCAAGAAGGCUAUAAGGAACCGAGGGAAAACAAAAAAUCAAAUGAAUCAUCUCCUGUUGUUGCUGCUCCGCCACAAAAAAUGUUUGGUGGUAAUUCAAAUUCAGAAAAAGUUAUCCCUGGAGAAGAUUCCAAAAUAUUUGUAGAAGGACAUACUAAUUGCCCUUCACCAACAUCUGGAUUUUUGCCAACUACUCAUGAUCAUCAAGCUGCUGCAAAUAAUGAUCAAGCUUCAAACGAUCAAGCUGCAACCCAUGAUGAUCAAGCUUCAAACAGUCAAGCUGCAACUCAUGCUGAUCAAGCUGCAAACAAUAAAACUGCAAUUCACGAUGAUCAAGCUGCUGCAAAUAAUCAAACUGCAACUCAUGAUGAUGAAGCUGCAAAUAAUUUGGAUAAUAACUCUAUUUAUGUGGAUGGCACAAAUGAAACUGUAUAGAUUUUGGAAAUGAUAUUUCAAAAACCUUUAAUUGAUUUUCGUUUCAGUUGUUUUUAGGAAGAAUAAUUCUGAUAUCGAUGUAGUAGACGUGAAAAUUGUGAUAUUGUCAAUUAAAAUCUUCUGCAUGCUUGGUUUUAUGGAAAAGAAUAAAAAAAAAUAAAGGGGCAUUCCGAGAAUUGAACUCGGGACCUCUCGCACCCUAAGCGAGAAUCAUACCACUAGA